AUGACUUCUCAACAAGACUUCCAUAUUCCGCCAUCUCUUUCCAGACAAUACUUCGAGCUUGGAAACCUCAAACUACUCUCUAAUAGCCGCGAAGCUAUUUUCGCCGCUCUCGUUGCACAUAUCGAGUUCACUGCCCGUUGCAAGCCAGAAGACAUUCCACCCCGAGCUAAGCGAGCAUUCGCACGUCUGGAAAAUCAAAUGACCUGGAAACUUGGAAAGGUUGAUGAUAUCGAGAAUUUGAAGCUGUUCUUCGACUUAUUCAACGAUAUGUACUUCAACGGUCUCCUCACUGGAUAUUGCGAGUUGGAACUCAUAGAAGAAUAUAAGCUACAGAGACGCCGACUCAAAUUGAAAGAAGCUGUUGGCUUAUGCCAGCCUUAUUUUCCCGGAGAGGGCCACCCGAGAUACAAGGAGGGAAGGGUGUUCUGCACGCUGUCGGUCGCUAUGUCAGAAAAACGCGACAGUGUUAACAACCGCUGGAGCGGCCCUGGCCAACGAAUUAAACAUUACCUAGAUACCUUGAUUCACGAGAUGAUUCAUGCACUGUUCGAUAUCUUCACAUGCAGAUGCCCCAAGGGCUGCAAGGAGAAGCAUAAUCUACAGGGAGGUGGAGGACAUCAUUUAGCGUUUCAAGCUGCAGCGCACGCUAUAGGAAGCGCAGACAUCCAAUAUUUAUCUAGAUAUCCAUGUCUUAGUCUCUCUUUGACUCGAUAUGAAUCUUUUGUUGGAGAUCUGCAACUUGGGUACAAUCUACCGCCACCUUCAAGCCUGAAGUCAGUCGAUCUGGAUAUCAACGUGAUCAUGGAGCUACUGAAAGAAGCACGAGUGAAGACAUUCGAGAGGGAAAAGCUUCUUCGACCACAACUGGUGGUGAACAAGAACAACAGGUGUAUCCGAGACGAGUUUACUGUGGACAGCAGGGAUAGACACUAUGGGUUUGAAAGAAAAUGGUGGGGUUCUGAAUUAGUUUCGGACUGCGACGAAACUUACUUUCCGCUGUACUUGGGGAAGAUAGACGUUAAGGCACCGGAAUGGGCAGAAUUCAAGCGUUGGAGAAAUUUUGAGCAACGUGCAAUCAAUAAGUACAGAGAUUUUAGAAGAGCUACUCAGGAUCAAAGGGAAUAAAGUC